GAAUGGUACCCUUUAGGUAUCACUUCACAUUUUUUCCUGCACUACAAUGUAUCUUCCAGUCCUCCUAGCUGCAUUUUUCUUCAGUCGGUGCAGUUCCGUUGCACUGCCAAAGUACAUCAAACUGUGCAGCGGAAGCGACCCAAAUUUCGACAAAUGCGGUCUUCAGAGCGGCAAAGAGGCCAUCAAGCACCUGGUGGCGGGCGAGAAGUCGUUACGUCUGCUGCCUUUAUCGCCGCUAAAACUGCCGUUUGUGCAAUUGGAGGACCGGGCUGAUUUCCAGUUGAACAUCACCGAUGCGGAAAUUAUCGGACUCAACAAAGCCGAACUCAUUGGAUUCCACGCUGAUUUGGACAAACGCGAGGUCACGGUCGUGGUGCAUUUGGCGGAGAUUCUGCUCAAAGGGCAGUUUCACACCGAGGGGAGAAUCCUGAUUCUGCCGAUCAAGGGAGACGGCCCUGGAUCGGUCAAAGCUUACGGAGGCAAUUACACCUUCACUUUCCACUACAAUCUAGUCGAUAAGAACGGGCAAAAGUACGCCAAAAUUGGCAAAAACGAAUUUAAAUUCACCAUCGAGAAGGCCGAGUUUGCCGUUGAAAGUCUAUUCGGGGAUCCAACUAUUGGUCGGGAGACAAACAGAUUUCUUAACGAAAACUGGUUAGAGGUCGUGAAGGAUUUUGAACACGUUAUUGGCCAGACCAUUGGCAGCAUCUGCAAUAAUAUUGCCAGCAUCGUCUUCGAGAGAGUCCCAUACAACGAAAUUAUUUUACCCUAAUUGUUAUCGUUGACUUAAUUUAUUUUGUUGUAAGUGAUAAGAAAUUGUGAUCUGUAAUUUAAUUUUAUUGUGUUUGUAUUGUACGAUUUUCGAAAAUAUACUUUUUUCAAUAAAA